AUGGAGCACCGAACACAGCAACUUGCAAGGCUACAACCAGCAACCCGUCUCCGCCAGUCCGCCUCUGCAGUCUCCGAGCUCUGCCUCCAGAUUGGGAGGUGGAUUGAGGAGGAUGCUUCUGUUCUUGUUCCUGUUGAUAUAAAUCAUAUAAUCAACAUUAAGCUUGGGGAUAUUAUUCCAGCACAUGCUUGUCUCCUCAACGGUGAUCCACUGAAAAUUGAUCAGUCUGCUCUUGCCGGUGAAUCACUUUCUGUGACCAAAGGCCCUGGUGACAUUGUGUAUUUGGGCUCUACAUGCAAACAAGGAGAAAUUGAAGCUGUGGUGAUUGCCACUGGUGUUCAUACCUUUUUCGGCAAGGCUGCUCAUCUUGUCGAUAACACAAAUCAACAGGGCCACUUUCAAUAG